UGUAGAGUCUUUUCGACUCACUGCGGCAGUUCAGGGAAAUCUUUGCUGUACUAUAUCUAUAUAUUCUUCGUCGAUGGCUACACAGUACACGCUGUUACAUCACGUGGCUUACAUCAGUAUCAGAUUCUUCAAUCUCAUCAAGUCACCUUUCCAAAAAACCUCUGUAUUUUCUUUCCCGUUAAAAAUGACGUCGAAUAAAGUAGACAAGCAAAUGAAAAUUGGCACGCAUGAUGGCACUUUCCAUUGCGAUGAAGUGCUUGCUUGUGUACUUUUAAAAAUGUUGCCACAAUACAUGAAUUCUACCAUAGUGAGAACUCGAAAUCAGGAUAUCUUAGAUAAAUGUGACAUUGUAGUGGAUGUUGGUGGAAUAUACAAUCCUUCCAUCCAUAGAUACGACCAUCAUAUGAGAGACUUUUGUGAAACAGCUAGCACCGUCCUAAAGAAACCAAAUUUCAACCGCAAGAUCAAGUUAAGCAGUGCUGGAUUGAUCUACUGUCACUUCGGCCAUGAAAUACUUAGGAAUAUAUUUCCACAUAUAAAGGAAGACAGAAUCAUUGAUCAGAUCUUCAAGCAAAUCUAUGAUACUAUCAUUUUGGAAAUUGAUGCUAUAGACAAUGGUAUACCGAUGUAUCCAGAUCUGCUAGAUCAGCCGGAACCAGAAUAUUAUAUACAUACUGACUUGAGUUCGCUAGUGAAACACAUGAAUGAGUGGACGAUCAAAAGUACGAAUAAUCAAGAAGCAUUUGAAAACGCUAUGGCUAUGGUGCAGCGUGUAUUCAUGAGUUUUGUAACCCGCACGGAGAAAGUUUGGUUACCAGCGAGAGAAGUUGUGCAAAACGCCAUAAACGGUCGAUUUGAGAUUGAUCCGAGCGGAGUGAUAAUGGAAUUGUCGAGACCGGUGCCGUGGCAGCAGCACCUGUUUCAUCUGGAGAAAGAAAUGGAACUUUCUCCGACGAUAAAAUUCGUCAUUUUUCCGGGCGAAGAAAAUUAUCGGGUUCAGUGUGUGCCGCAAGUAUUGAAUAGCUUCAUCUGCAGGAUAUUCUUGCCGAGUGAGUGGGGCGGUUUGCGUGAUGACGCGCUCGUGGCAGCCUGCGGAAUCGAAGGCGCCAAGUUUGUGCAUGCCACUUUAUUCAUCGGUGGACACAAGACCAGAGAUGGCGCCUUAGCUAUGGCUGUGGCAGCCUAUGAGUCUGGGAAGCUCUCGAGACCACUCGAGGAAUGUCCAUGUUCUGACGACUAGCAGGGUUCCUACCUGACAAUUUCUAGCUGCUUUGUCGACCUUUCUUCUUACACUCUGGGUCGUGAAAGUUAGGAAAUUUAAACUUUUUAUAUUUAUAUAUACAUAAACUCAAAUAUUAUGAGUGUGACGAGACAUGAAAUAAUGAAUUGCAUAAUACACAGUCGUCAAGACUUGAAUCAUGAUACGUUUACUGACGCUAUGACGAAUAGCAGGAUAGGAGACAGUUUUUAAGUGUGCCGUCGAUAUCUUACACUCUGGAUCAUGAAUUAGGAAAUUUAAUUUUUCAUGUUCAUGUGUAAAAACUAAGUUAUUAUGAAUGUAACGAAACGUGGAAGAAUAAAUCGUACAAUAUACAU